UUACCUGAACGCGUCGUUCAUCAGCUUUACAAGUGCGGAUUAAACAUUAAAGUAACUAAAUACUAAAAUCAGUAUAAAAAUAAUCAGCCAUUAUUCGUCUUAAAUUUUAACUACCUGAAAAUUGUUUUUAGAAUUGUAGUACAGCGGAAAAUUGCAAUACUAAAUGUACCGAGUUAUUAAAUAAUGAAAUGAAUUCGACGGGCCCCUAAAAAAAGUGUUACUUAUGUACUUCAUAGUAUUUUCAUCCCAAUAUCUCAAAUGAGUUUUAUCAAAAAUUGUUCAGUAGUUCGUUAUUUAAGUGUGUGUAUGUGGCUUUUCAGUUCUUCGGGUAAUUUAAUAUAGUUGAUAUUUGACAAAAAGGAAGUAACAGAGUAAACAUAUCCAUGAAGUGAGAAUCCAAAGAAUAGACCGAUUGAGUGGUUGAACAUUAUUUCUGGUUCAGUUCUAGACAAAUUAUUAAAUUUCCCAAUGAACAUAUGUGCACUUGUAAAGUUUUAAAUAUUUUAUCGAAGGAAUACACAUUUUUUAAUCAGCUGCUGUCUUAAUAGCUUUGAUUUGAAUAAGAUAUCAACAGAUAUGUAUUAACAUUUGAUCAAACAAAUAUUUCGAAAAGAUUUGGUAGAAUCAUACAUACACUAUAAAAGUGAUAGCUUCAAUCUAUUUAGGCAAAACAAAAGCUGGCUCGGUAUAGUGACACCAGAGGAGCGGAGUCUCCCGAAAGUGUACGAGACAGUGGAGGUAUUUGUUGGUGGACUCCCUGGAAUACUAUGGGUUGUUUUGGUUCUCCAGACUCAAAACAAGCGGAUGCUAAUCCUGAUGAUUCCAAGAGUCAGAAACGACGAAGCGACGCGAUUUCAAAGCAAUUACAAAAGGAUAAACAGCUUUAUAGAGCAACACAUAGACUGUUGUUGCUCGGAGCUGGUGAAUCUGGCAAGUCAACAAUAGUCAAACAAAUGCGUAUACUUCACGUUGAUGGAUUUUCCGAGCAGGAAAAAAAACAAAAAGUUGAUGAUAUUAAAAAGAACAUACGUGAUGCUAUUUUGACUAUAACUGGAGCAAUGAGCACACUGAAUCCUCCUGUGGCUUUGGAAAAAAAGGAAAACGAGUCUAGGGUUGAAUAUCUUCAAGAUUGCGCUUCAAGUCCAGAUUUCAACUAUCCACUUGAGUUUUAUGAAUCUACUGAAGAACUAUGGAAAGAUCGCGGUGUGCAGCAAACUUUUGAAAGAUCAAAUGAGUAUCAAUUAAUCGAUUGCGCGAAAUAUUUUUUAGACCGCGUUGGGAAGAUUAAACAACCAAAUUACACACCAAGCGAACAAGAUAUAUUGAGAUGUCGUGUACUAACAUCCGGAAUAUUUGAAACUCGAUUUCAAGUUGACAAAGUUAAUUUUCACAUGUUUGACGUAGGAGGCCAACGAGACGAAAGGCGUAAGUGGAUCCAAUGCUUUAACGAUGUUACUGCUAUCAUUUUUGUUACUGCCUGCUCCAGUUACAAUAUGGUUUUACGUGAAGAUCCUACACAAAACCGCCUUAGGGAGUCGCUUGAUCUUUUCAAAAGCAUUUGGAACAACAGAUGGCUACGCACAAUUUCUGUUAUUCUUUUUUUAAACAAGCAGGACUUGCUGGCAGAGAAAAUCAAGGCUGGAAAAAGUAGACUAUCUGACUAUUUUGCUGAAUUUCUCAGAUAUGAAACUCCAAAUGAUGCAAUAUUAGAUGCUGGGGAAAACCCUGAGGUCGUAAGAGCCAAAUAUUUUAUCCGAGAUGAAUUCCUGCGUAUUUCCACUGCAAGCGGAGACGGCAAACAUUAUUGCUAUCCACAUUUUACAUGUGCAGUUGAUACAGAAAACAUAAAAAGAGUGUUCAACGACUGUCGGGACAUUAUACAAAGAAUGCAUCUGCGUCAGUAUGAACUUUUAUAGGUUUUUAAAAUAAUAAAAUAAACCCAAAAACUAUAACAAUGUAAUACAAUGUUGCAGAUGAUCAUCACAAAAAAAAAAUAAAUAACGAUGGUAUAAUAUUGCUAUGUUGCGUAUUACUACCAUUAGAACACGCCAUAAAAAUAUUUAAAAUAAAAUACUAAUUAUUUAUUGAAACUAACUCAUAAUAUUCAACCAUUGAAUCAUAGGACAAUUAUGUAACUUUAGUAAAAUGUGAAUAUCAUAAAAAAUUAUAUAAAUAUAAUAUAAAGAAACUGUUUAUACUUCAUAAGAUAAAUUUGAAAAAAAAAUGUAAAGUUCUCCGCUAUAAAUAAGGUACUCACAAAAUCAAACGUGCUAGUUGGUUUUCCUUAUAAUUUUCGUUAUAUUUUUUAAAUCUAUAGAUAGGGUAGAUGCAUAUAUUAUUUUAAUUACUAUUUUUGUGUUAUUGCAAAUUACAUUUUUUAUCUAUUAGUUCUAAAGGUUUAAUAUUCUAUUAUCCGAACGAACUCUUUAAGUGAAACGAAAAUCUUUUUCGAACGACUGUGACUGUGCUUUCCACGCCAUCUACCACUUGGAGCGGUACCCUGAUAUAUAUUUUUUUUCGAUAUGACGUUCAAUGUAGUUUCCAUAAGAAAAAAAAAAAGAAAACAAAAAGGACCUCAAAAACAUUUAUUUUAAAAAUUAAUUUUA